GUCUAUCGGCAAUCGACUCAACACGUGCGCCGAGGCGGUUCGUAAAAAUUAAAAAUAUCCACGAUGAACAACGGGGGAGGACAUUCCGGAGGCUGGAACCACUCCCGGCCCCACUUCUACAGCAAUAACCAGCAGAGACGCAGCGGCGGCGACUCUAGAGGCGGUCACCAGGCGCCCAGCCAUCAAUCCAAUGGCAAUUGGGCCGAUCGUGGACACAUAGGUGGCGGCGGUCAGGUGCCAAGGAAUCACAAUCACAGCAAUGGCAACGUGCCGGGUGGCGUUGGUGCUGGGCGGGGCAGAGAGGAGUCCUUCAACAAGUUUCGGGAUCCCCAGCAGCAGCCGGAUAAUCAGCAGCGGAACAAGGGAGGCGGCAGAGGAAGAAGUGGUGGUGGUCGAGGUAGACGCAGCCGUGGUCGUGGACGCAACAACUCGUGGCACGCCAAAGAUCAAGCCAAGAGCCCCACACGCAGUCACAUGCUGUACUACGAUAACGUGGGUGACUUCACCGAGGAUCCCCCAGCUGCAGCUGCUGCUCACCCACCGGUAGCCACAUCGCCGGCUCCAUCCUCACACAGACAGGAGAGCCUUCCACCUGCCAACAUUGCCUUCAGCAACGCCAUAGCGCCGCCUGCAGAGACACCUCCUCCUGUUGUGGAAGAGCAGCCGCCCCAGAUGCCGCUGAUUAAUAUAAAAAAAGAAAAGGAGCUAAUGCCGAAGCUUAAACAGGAACCCAAAGCGGUUGCCAAGUCGGAGCCCAAGACACCGAAAAAGGACGAAAGCUCGUCUAGUUCCUCCUCCUCGGAGGAAGAGGAAUCCGAACCGGAGCCUGGAGAAGCCGUAAAAGGCAAACCCGCCGCUGUGGCCGCCGUCUCGCCCAAAACGAAGGUCAGCAAACCAACCGUGGCGACUGCAAAGCCGCCACCGGUCUCAUCAUCCUCUGAGGCUUCAUCCUCGGAUUCCGAUGAAGACGACGACGAGAGUCCGCCGCCGCCGCCAGCGAAGAGCAAACAGGCUGCCAAGGAGAAGGGUCAGGCAACUGCUGGUAGCAAGUCCACCUCCAGGAAACUGAAGAAAGCGGCCUCCGAGGAGGAUGUGGUCUGCAUGGGCUCCCAAGAACGCCAGUUCACUAUAACGGACGAAGAGGAGGAGGAGGAGGAGCAAAGCACCGAGGCUGAGGGCAAAAAGGACAAGAAGGCCGGCAAAAGCAGAAGCAAAAACAAAGCCAUAGAUGUGUGCGGUCUCUGCGAUAAGAAGGGUCACACCUCCUUCAACUGCCAAAUGAUCUGCCGGAAUUGCUCCGGCCGAUACCACAGCCUCAAAAGCUGUCCCAGUCCGCCCAACCUCAACAUUGCCAUGCAGGCAUUCAUGGAGUUUAUCAUGCAGCAGAUGUCGUCUUUUCCUGGCGAUCAGCAACGAUUCGCCUUCCCCGCUGCUGUUCCAGCAUCUGCAGCUGCAUCUUCCAUACCAGUUACUCCAGUAAAGGCCAAAAAGGACAAAAAGGUGGCCAACACCAAGAAGGUGGCGGCCAAAAAGACGCCGCAGAAGCGCAUGAAGAUUGAACCAAAGGAUGACGACGACGACGAUGAUGAUGAAGAUGAGGAUGACGACGAAGAUGAGGCAACGGAGGCCAGCAGCGAAAGCGAAGCUGCAUCGGAAUCCAGUGACGAGCAGCCAGCAGCACCUCCGAAACGAAAGCGCGGCUCAAAAAGCAAAACCUCUGCUGCUGCCGGUCUGCCACCGCAAGUGUUUCCGUUUCCCCUGCUGGGCGCCCCGGGCGCUCCCUACAACUCCAUGAUGUACCCCUAUGGGACGCCGUUCAGUUUUCCGAAAUAAUUCAAUACACACACUAGGUUAAGCUCUAGACCACACAUAAAGUUAAUUGAAAAUCUUCAAAGGCCUGAUUCUUGCAACUACUUUUUGUUUGGUAUUCAAGUUGGAAGCUUUCAAAUUCUUUUUGCAGCUGACUGAAAAAAAAGGUAAUUUAUUGCUUUGAUUAAGCUUUUGUUAAUUCAUCGAGUGGGACACACAGCCGGGUAAUUAUGCACACACUUCAAUCACGCUUUUCACUUGAAUGUGGACUAAUGAAUGUCAUAAAAUUAAAGGCUUGAAGUUCCAUUGAACUAUCACACAGAUAUUAUAAAAAUGUUCUUUGCUUACAAGGGAGCAAAGCUGUUAUUGUAUCGAUUUUACAGUAAAGUCCAAGUCCAAAUCAAGAUUUGUUCCUCAUUAAAAUGUAAUAUUAAUACGAAAUCCGUUUUGGUUUAGCUAUGCCCUCUUAAAAUUUUAUUAAGUAUGCCAACCUCUUCAUAUCAUAAAUAUAAGUGUAUAUUGAUAGAUA